UCACUCAGCUUUCAUAAAAAACAAUUCUUCCAUAUUUUCUCAUCACAGAUCUCUCUCUCUCCUCUCUCUGAAUUUGAUUUCCAGGAUUACAGACGCGCGAUCAAGAGGUCACUAAGAACAAGUGAAAGAUGGUGAAGAUUUGCUGCAUUGGAGCAGGGUAUGUGGGAGGCCCAACCAUGGCAGUGAUAGCACUCAAGUGCCCCUCGAUCGAAGUGGCAGUUGUUGACAUUUCCGUCCCUCGUAUCAGUGCAUGGAACAGCGACCAGCUCCCUAUCUACGAGCCAGGUCUCGACGAGGUAGUGAAGCAGUGCAGAGGCAAGAACCUCUUUUUCAGCACAGAUGUGGAGAAACACGUCUUCGAAGCUGACAUAGUCUUCGUCUCGGUCAACACCCCCACCAAGACUCGUGGACUCGGAGCUGGCAAAGCUGCGGAUCUGACCUACUGGGAGAGCGCCGCCCGCAUGAUUGCUGACGUGUCAAAAUCCGACAAGAUCGUCGUCGAGAAGUCAACCGUUCCGGUGAAAACAGCUGAAGCCAUCGAAAAGAUUCUGACCCACAACAGCAAAGGAAUCAACUACCAGAUUCUUUCCAACCCGGAGUUUCUCGCUGAGGGUACUGCAAUUCAAGAUCUUUUUCAUCCCGACAGAGUCCUAAUCGGAGGAAGGGAAACCCCAGAAGGGAAUAAGGCGGUUCAAACACUGAAGGCAGUUUACGCCCAUUGGGUUUCCGACGAUCGAAUCUUGACCACCAAUCUAUGGUCCGCUGAGCUGUCGAAGCUCGCUGCUAACGCGUUCUUGGCCCAACGAAUCUCGUCCGUCAACGCCAUGUCGGCACUCUGCGAGGCAACCGGUGCUGAUGUCACUGAAGUUGCUUACGCUGUCGGUAAGGACACAAGAAUCGGUCCUAAGUUCCUGAACGCGAGUGUCGGUUUCGGUGGUUCCUGUUUCCAGAAAGACAUUCUUAACUUGGUCUACAUCUGCGAGUGCAACGGUCUACCUGAAGUUGCAGAGUACUGGAAGCAAGUCAUUAAGAUCAACGAUUAUCAGAAAAGCCGAUUCGUGAACCGAUUGGUUGCUUCCAUGUUCAACACAGUCGCGAACAAGAAAAUCGCGAUACUAGGUUUCGCAUUCAAGAAAGACACGGGUGACACUAGAGAAACUCCAGCUAUUGAUGUCUGCCAAGGGCUGUUGGGUGACAAGGCGCAAUUGAGCAUAUACGACCCACAGGUAACAGAGGAUCAAAUCCAGAGGGAUCUCUCGAUGAACAAGUUCGACUGGGACCACCCGCUCCACCUCCAGCCGACGAGCCCCACCACUGUGAAGAAAGUUCAGGCGGUUUGGGAUGCUUACACGGCGGCUAAGGACGCGCAUGCUGUCUGUAUUCUUACAGAGUGGGACGAGUUCAAGACUCUUGAUUACAAGAAGAUUUACGACAGCAUGCAGAAACCCGCGUUUCUUUUCGAUGGGAGGAAUGUUGUUGAUGCGAAUAAGAUGAGGGAGAUCGGGUUCAUUGUUUACUCGAUCGGGAAGCCGCUCGAUGCUUGGCUCAAGGACAUGCCAGCUAUUGCAUAAAAUCGAGGUUUUUAUUUAACGAGAUUUGGCUUGUGUUUUUUUCGAACCAAGUGACAACAGCGUAUUUUUUGUCUUUUCUUUUUUGUCAUUUAAAUAUUGGGAUUUUUUUCCAAUUUGCUCUCGUGUAUGGGGGCAAAAGUCGGAAGCUUUAUGUUACUUUAUUACAUUUGUAUUGAAGACAUUGCUUUUUUUGUCUAUUUACCUAUAUCUUCAUUUCUUGUUGUAAGGUGAUAAAUUUAGAAACUAUUUUUAC